AGAACAGAAGCUCAACUAUCAAAAUUCAAAUCAAAACCACAUAUUCGCAUUUAAUUGCGCAGCGCCCGGCGGAGAGUACAGAAGAACAGAAAACAGAAUCGGAGUGGGAGUGGGAGCAGAGUUCAGGACCAGAGACGCCGCCACUGACAGCUUCUGUUUCAGCUGCAGGUGCGAAUACUCGUAAAACGAGAGCAUUGCCUCGCAAGCGGCAUCAUUAGCAGCUGGAGGUGCGGCUGGAGCUACAUACGCACCAGGAACAACACUCAUCUUGCAACAUUGUUUGGCUCUCAUUUGCUGAUAAUAGACCGUAACUCAUCGAAGAGUCCGCCCACCGCCUAUGGCUGACGACGAUUUGCGGGCUCUGGUGGACAGCCUGGAUGACGCCUCGCCGGAGAACCUGGCCAACGUGAUAGCCAACUUCUCGCUGGAUAUGCUGCAGAGGGCCAGCGCCCUAAUUGGCGCCCAGCAGCCGCACAGUGGGGCGCUGCUCAUCAAUCGCACGCAGCAAUGCCAACAUCAGAGCCAGCAGGAGGAGGAACUGGAGGCCACAGCCACGGCAGCAGCAGCAGCUGGAAAGCGGAUCCUACACUGUCCCAGUGCAUUCGAUUCGGUGCUCUGCUGGCCACGCACCAAAGCCGCCACCCUGGCCGUUCUGCCCUGCUUUGAGGAGUUCAAGGGCGUGCACUACGAUACCACAGAGAAUGCCACGCGAUACUGCUUCGAGAAUGGGACCUGGGAUCACUAUUCGGACUACGAUCGGUGCCACCAGCAGUCGGGUUCUGUGCCCAUGGUUCCUGAUUUCUCGCCCAGCGUGGAUCUGCCGGCCAUUAUCUAUGCCUGUGGUUACUUCAUCAGUUUUGCCACCUUGGUGGUGGCCCUCAUCAUAUUCCUUAGCUUUAAAGAUUUGCGCUGCCUGCGAAACACGAUUCAUGCGAAUCUUUUCCUCACAUACAUCACCUCCGCUCUGCUGUGGAUACUCACGCUGUUCCUGCAAGUGAUAACCACAGAGUCUAGUCAGGCGGGUUGCAUUACGCUAGUCAUCAUGCUGCAAUACUUUUACUUGACCAACUUCUUCUGGAUGUUUGUCGAAGGCCUCUAUUUGUACACCCUGGUGGUGCAAACAUUCUCCAGCGAUAACAUCAGCUUUAUUAUCUAUGCCCUCAUUGGCUGGGGCUGUCCCGCCAUAUUCAUUAUGGCCUGGGCCAUAGCCAAAGCAUUUGCCCCCCAUCUGGAGAAUGAUCAUUUCAAUGGGCUGGAAAUCGACUGUGGCUGGAUGCGAGAAUCUCACAUUGACUGGAUAUUCAAGGGGCCAGCCUCGAUGGCUCUGUUUGUUAAUUUGGUAUUUCUCAUACGCAUCAUGUGGGUGCUCAUUACCAAACUGCGUUCGGCACACACCCUGGAGACGCGGCAGUAUUAUAAGGCAUCAAAAGCACUGCUGGUGCUCAUUCCACUCUUUGGGAUCACCUAUCUGCUGGUGCUCACUGGCCCCGAACAGGGCAUCAGUCGCAAUCUCUUCGAGGCCAUACGCGCAUUUCUCAUCAGCACACAGGGCUUCUUUGUGGCGCUCUUCUACUGCUUCCUCAAUUCGGAGGUGCGCCAGACGCUGAGGCAUCGCUUCGUACGCUGGCGCGAGAGUCGGAAUAUCCAUCGGAGUAGCUCCAUCAAGAACCGCAGGCAUCGCGCCUCCAAAGACUACUCGCAGAGAUCGCGAACCGAAAGUCUACGCACCGAGGAGUGUGUGAUCUGCCUGCGUCCCACGCCGCAUACUCGCCUGGCCACACAGGAGCAAUACCACAGCAUCAAUAUCACCGAUUUUGUUUAGGAACUACAAUGUUACAUGUUAUGGUUUCAUCUGUUGGCAGCUGCUCUUCCAGACCGUUUCCCACCAUUGCCUGCCAUUGGGGAUUGGCUAUGGAUUCGAUGGAGCUUACAGCAGCCGAAUAGCAGUCUCCAAGGCUGCUUCCAUAUGAAAAGGAAAGCAUAUACAAAUCAAGGCAUCAGCUUUACUUGGACUUUUAGUUUAUUUUCGAACGUGACUUGAAGUUACAGCAAAAGGUAAGGUUAAACUAAAGUAGUUUCAUGAUUCACAUUCGAGUGCCAUGAUGCGCCGAUGCCAAAAGUCUAUCUUAAGUACGAAAACAUGUUGCUAACAUGGGGAAUUUAACGUGCAUCAAUCAUUCCGAAUGUAGUAAUAGCGUAAAGAAAACAAAACAAAACAAAACACAAAACACAAACACUGUGAAGGUGCCUCCAAAUUACCCAUUUUAGUAUACGUUAUAAAAUUAGCUACUAAUUCUCUAGGUUUAUCAAUUAUGUGCCAAUGCGUGCAAAAAGGUUUGUCGUAACAAUUAAUUGUUAAUGUUUAAGUUUUGUUUUGCUUUUUUUUUUUUAAAUUCUAUGUUUCUUGCGUUUUAG